ACUGACUGUUCUCACUAACUCCGUAAUCUAGACAAGAAGGGCUAAGCGUUCAAUAGGAGGCAUGACGCCUGGGUGACCACCACACCAAAGUCGCAUUUUUAAGCACCUUGCAAUGGACUGUUUCCAGUGUAUCAUAAAGCCUGGCUGUAUGUCUGGCUAAUUAAAUGAGGGCUAAUGUCUACUAUAGCAUGCCCAUAAAUGUGGACUGUCGGAGAUAAGCCAGGGGCCUCGGAAAAUUGCGGGCGAGACGGACCAAACGCGCAAAUGCCGACAGUCUUAAUCGACGCCGCAUCUCAGCUGCUCACCGGAUUUCCAUCCAAUCAAUCGGAAAAUCCGGAGUACGACUGUUCCACAGUAUUGUUGGAGACAUUAUACAGCCAGGCGUGUUCCAGACUGAAUACGCGUAAUGACCGAGCCUCCGCGUCAGCGCAGAAGGCCAGCUGUCUCCUGCUCCCUUUGUAGGAGCCGGAAGAUCCGAUGUGAUCGACAAUUGCCCUGUAGCAAUUGCGUGCGCACGCGGAAUGAAAGUUGUGUGUAUGCGAGUCAGGCUUCCCCGGUUCAGCGGAUUCGUCCUGGCCAAGCAACCGAUGUUUUGAAUCAACAGCCCCAGGCUCAUACAAUCCACCUUGAUAGAGUUCCCAACGCCCAUCAACCUCCAGCAUACCAUAAUCACCAGUCCGAUUUUCUAGUGAAUAGCCCCAGUAUCAUAUCGACGGUUUCCAAUCAUUCCGCCGAGGUCGAGGCUUUGAAGAGCAAAAUCAAGCAGCUCGAAGAACAGCUGUCUAGAGCAACCCAGCCGCAUACGCAUUCACCACUGUCAAGUUCAAAGUCCGACAUAGAGACAUCAACAUCACGUAUCACUAACAGACUGCACGUUCAAUAUGAGAACAACUCUGGUCGGCCCGCGGCCAUCACUCGCGGGAUAAUGAACAAGACACGUCUGCUGGGCCAAAGCUACUGGAUGAGCGGUCUUGCUACCCUACUUCGAGAGCUCUUCCAAACACUCGAGCCGUAUUUCCUACAAGAUACGUCCAAGAUUUUCCAAGGCUUCCACAGAUGCAAGGCUUUGGCACGGGUAAUCAAAGCAAAACGAACACCCAAGUGGCCAACGCCGCCGAGUCUUGACCUACCGCCGAAAGAUCUUGCAGACAAGCUCGUCGACUGCUAUUUCCAAACGACCGAGACAAUCUAUCCAAUCAUGCACCUUCCAAGCUUCCAAAUCGAAUAUGACGCUUUAUGGGCGCCUAAUCGCGAACCCAGGAUGGCUUUCGUCGUUCAACUGAAGCUCAUUUUCGCCAUCGGAGCCACCACGUACGACAAGCAAUUUUCCUUGCGUCCCUUGGCCUUUCAAUGGGUAUACGAGGCACAAACCUGGCUUGCAGAGCCAGAUCUCAAGUCACGACUUACCAUUCAAUCUCUACAAACAAGUCUCCUCCUCUUGAUUGCCCGAGAAGCAACAGGUAUAGGCCCGACCUUGACCUCUAUCCCAGCUGGCGAACUCCUCAGAGCAGCAGUGACCAUGGGACUACACCGAGAUCCCAAACACCUUCCCCAUACUACAGUACUCGCCGCGGAGACGCGCCGCCGACUAUGGAACACAAUCAUCGAAGUCAACCUACAAUCGAGCCUAACAUCCGGCACGGCCCCAAUGUUAACCCUAGAUGACUUCGAUACCGAGCCCCCAGGAAACUUUACCGACGAGCAACUCCUGAUGGCGGACCCCGAGCCAACCCCAGAAACCAACCUUACCCGGAUAUCCAUACCCCGAGCCCUCCGCAAGACCUUCCCCCUCCGUCUCACCAUCGCCAGAUUCCUCAACGACCUGACCUCCCCAGGAACAUACGAGGAAACCCUCCGGCUGGACACCCAGCUCCGAGCCUCAUACAAAGUCCUCUGCCAGACCCUCCAAUCCUACACCCCAUCACCCCCCAAAUUCGCCCUCCGCGCCACCGACACCCUCACCCAACGCUACUUCUCCUCCCUCCACCUCCCUUACUUCUCCCUCUCCCUACACGAAGCCCCCUACGCCUUCUCUAGAAAAGUAUCCCUCGAAACAGCCCUCAAAAUCUGGCGUUCCACCUACCAAUCCUCCCCCUCAUCCCAAUUCACCCGCUUCCUAACCUCCGGAGGAGGCCUCUUCCGCACCACCACCAUCCAAGCCCUCACCAUCAUCGCCACGGAACUCAGAUUCCAACUCCAAGAAGAGAACCAAAGUCUCGACCCGGUCCCUCUGCGACCGGAUCUCGUUCGUGUCUUGGAGGAAGCUAAAGCCUGGACUCUGGAGUGUAUGGAGUCCGGUGAGACGAAUACAAAGGGGUACCUCCUUACACAUGGUCUCGUUGCGCAGGUUCAGGGGUUGAUGCGUGGGGUUACUGAGGAGGAUAUGCACGGUUACUUGGUGCGAACGAUUGAAGAGAGUAUUGAGACUUGUUUGGGAAUUUUGGAGGAGAGGGCAUGUGAAGGACAAUCUGGGUUGGUGACGCCUUCGAAUGUGACGCCGGAGUUGGUGGAGGAUGGAUUUGAUUUUGAUUUUCUGGUGAGUAACUAAACUAACUUAUGCAUUGAUGGAUGGAUGGAUGGUACUAACAAACUUUGAUAGAUCCCCGGUGCGAUACUGUAUUCCGGGGAUGCGGAGAUGAUGAAUUGGAUGUGUUGCGAUAUGGAUUUUUCGGUGUAGGGGAUUAAAUGUGCUCCUUUAUGUUGAUGAGAU